AUGGCGCACCCCAUUCUGUCCCUCUGGCUGCUAGUGGCUGGACUGGCUCCUCAUGCCUGUGGCCAAGGGGUUCCUGACCAGAAAAAUCAUCCAAUCCCACGGACCCCGUCAGCCUCCUCAACCUUCCUGAACAAUUCCCACUUAGCCUUCAGCCUGUACCGACAGAUGGUGGCCCCAAACCCAGACAGGAAUGUGCUCUUCUCCCCACUGAGCUUCUCCCUCCCCCUUACUCUGUUGGCCCUUCAGGCCAGGCCGGAGGUGCGCACUCGGGUUCUGAGGGGCCUGGGGCUGAGCCUUGCCGAGGUUCCAGAGAACCAGGCCCAUGUGUACUACAGCCAGCAACUCCGUUCCUUCCUACCAUCCCCUGAGGAAUGCCACAUAGACAUGGACAGCCUGCUGUUUGUGAACCUGAAGCAAAGAGUGUUGCAGAAGUUUGUUGAUACUGCCCAGAAUCUGUACCGCACGGAGGUCUUCCUCAUCUCCUUCGAGAACGACCAGUUAGCCCAAUAUGAAAUGGACUUCUUCACGAGGAAGAAAACUCAUGGCAAAAUUGGCAAUCUUUUCGAGGAGGUGGAUAAAGACACCGUCUUAGUUCUGGCCAACUACAUUUUCUUUAAAGGGAAAUGGAGACACAGCUUCGACCCAAAGCUCACUGUGACCAGGCCCUUCUGGGUGAGCGAGAGGCUCACGAUCCCGGUGCCCAUGAUGCAGCGUCUGGGCAGGUUCCAGCUCCAGCAUUUCCCCCAGCUGCACAGCCACGUGCUCCGGCUGCCCUACAGCUGCAACAGCACCGCGGUCUUCAUUCUCCCCGACAUGGGCAAGGUCGGGGAGACGGAAGAGGCAUUGAUGAAAGAGGAUUUUGACACGUGGACUCAGCCCUUCCCGCUCAGAAAGAGGAAGCUGUAUUUUCCAAAAUUCUCCCUACCUGGGAAGAUUCAACUGGACAAGCUCUUACCCGCAGUAGGCAUCUCGGAUAUAUUCAGCUACCACGCAAAACUCUCAGGAAUUUCUCUGCAAACCAUGCCCAUGAAGGUCUCCAAGGCGGAGCACAGGGCAGAACUGACCGCGGAUGAGGAAGGAGCAGAAGAGGAAGACACCACUGACCUCCAGGCCCUCGACAAGCAGUACCUCCCCGCCCUCCACUUCAACAGGCCCUUCCUACUGCUGGUUUUCGAGGACGGCAGCCGCAGCCUUCUCUUCAUGGGGAAAGUGCUGAAUCCCAAAACAGACUGGUAG